UUUCCGGUGAGAGAGGAGGAAAGAGAAGGGAAGAGAAAAAGAAGAUCCUCCCCCCCUUCCGCAGCGUAGAUCACCGAGUUAAAUACAGUGAUGUAUUUACUGUUCGGGACAUUUGCUUCGUGUUUGUCCCUGUGCUGUGAACCGAAGAUCCCGAAGCGGAGCGAUCGUUGUGCGUCGUCGUUUUAACGUUUCCGUGACGAGUGGCGAGCGGAAAAGUGGCGAGCGGGAUUUUCGAACGGAAGCGUGAAAAGAAUGGUGAAUAUGGAAGGAUCGGGCGAGCAACAAACUGUGACAGCUUCGCCACCGCCUCGAGUUCCCCUGAAGAGCAGUUUCAGUAUUCGUAGCAUCCUGCCGGAGGCGUGCGCGGGCACCCCAGCACCUCCGCUCACCCGGACAGCGCCCCCGGAGAUCAGCCACGUCGACGAGAGCGAGGGGUCGAGCGAUCUCGGCGUGACCGGGGACGGCGGUGCCGAGACGCCGCCCUUGGAUUGCUAGAGGAACGCGGCCGCCUCCGUCAACUCGUCGUCCGAGCAGAAGGACUCCAAGGAUCAUCGGCAAGGAUCGGACGACAAGAAGAAAUGCGAGAAACCCCCUUACAGUUACAACGCGUUGAUCAUGAUGGCCAUUCGCCAGAGCCCGGAGAAAAGACUCACCUUGAACGGUAUCUACGAGUACAUAAUGCGCCAUUUCCCUUAUUACGAGAACAACAAGCAAGGAUGGCAGAACGAUNGGUUGCUCCAACCCCCGACAGCCGCCGGAUAUCCACCCGGUAUCGCCGCCUCCGCCAUCCCCGUGUCCGGCACGCCGUACGACUUUUACUCCACUCUCAGAUCGUUGGCCGCCCACCAGCAUCAGAGCACCGCGGCGGUGUUCGCGCACAACCAACAACCCACCAGAUACCACGUGAAUCAACCUCCGCUGUUGAGCCAACCGACCUCGGCCACGGCGUCCCCGGGAAGCAGCCCGGAACCCAUGUCGCCCCAUUCGCCACCGGUCACCAUUUGCAAUUCGGUCGGGGUACAGCAGCCGAGGUCCCUUCCCCACAGCCCUCCCCAGUUGCUGUUGAAACCGAUCACCGUGCUCACUGGAAGGCAGAGCUGAACGUCGUCCAUCGUCUAGGCGAUCGUCGCCGCCAAGGUAUUC